CGCCUUCCACUUCCGGUUCCGGUCGCGGUGCCGUAGGUAGGGAUGCGGCCGGCGGGGGCGGCUCGGUCGGGCCGCGCGGCGGCCGGGAAGAAGAAAAGAACGAACAAAACAAUCACCAAAAUAAAGAAAAUGCGGACAGUGAAGAAAAAGGUGAAGCAGCCGCUUGUGGAGAUAGCGGAGCGAGAGGCAGCGAAGCAGGCGGCGGCGGAGGCGGCGCGCCGCGCCCGGAACCUGAAGAUGCUGUCUGGGAGCACCGGCGCCGAGCGGGACCUGGAGGAGCUGGUGUUCGGUGACAGCGUCAACGUGGAGGAGGACGAGCUGCUGCAGCGCCUGGCCGGGCCCCAGCGGCUGAGUGCCGCAGAGCAGAAGGGUUUGCGGGGAGACUCCAGCGAUUCAGAAGUAGAAAAUGAAGCCAAAAGUGAAAUCUUGUCUAAAAAGCCAGCCUGGGUGGAUGAAGAUGAUGAAGCUGAGGAGAAUGUUGAUAUGACCCAUAGGUACAGGAAAGAUUUCAUGAAAAGUGAUGCUGAGAAGACCCUUACUAAGAAAAAGCUAAAAAGAAGACUUGAAGAACAGUUUCAGCGAGCCAUGGGAGGAGUUCCUGCCUGGGCUGACUUAGAAAACAAGAAGAAAUCCAAAAGGACUUCAAGUGAUAGUGACAGUGAUGAAGAGGAUGAUCUGCUGUGCAGAACUGGCAAUUUCAUAACAAACUCAGAGUCCCUGCCAAAAGGUAUUUUGAAGAUGGGGAUCUGCUUGCCUGCUAAUCAGGAGCGUUUUGCUAAUGGAAAACUGGCCACUGUGCAGUUCCAUCCAUCUGCUCAAGUCGUCAUGACUGCUGGACAUGAUCGAUCGGUGUCGCUCUUUCAGGUUGAUGGUGUAAGGAAUCCAAAAAUACAGAGCAUCUAUUUAGAGAACUUUCCAAUCUAUAAGGCUUGUUUCAGUGUCGAUGGAGAGCAAGUUAUAGCUACUGGGACUCACCAUAGACUGUUCUUUGUGUAUGACAUGAUGAGUGGAAGCAUUACUCCUAUCGAGAAAGUAAGAGGUGUGGAGGAAAGAUUUCUCAGGAACUUCGAAGUCUCUCCAGAUGGAUCACUUAUGCUUCUAACUGGAACCUCAGGUUACUUGCACUUGUUGUCAAUGAAGACAAAGGAGCUGAUUAGCACUAUGAAGGUAAACGGGAGAUGUACUGCAUCUGCUUUCACUCCAGACAGCAGUAAAAUAUAUAGCUAUUCAAAGGAAGGUGAAGUUUUCAUUUGGGAUGUCAGAAGCAGGAAGUGUCUACACAAAUUCGAAGAUGAAGGGUGUUUGGAAGGGAAGUGCAUCGCUGUUUCAAAAAACAACCAGUAUGUGGCAUGUGGUUCAGCUUCUGGAGUUGUUAAUUUAUAUACUACUGAUGUUUGUCUCAAAGAAAACAAUCCUAAACCAGUUAAAGCCAUAAUGAACCUGGUUACCUCUGCUACAUGUGUGACCUUCAAUCCCACCACUGAAAUUUUGGCAGUGGCUUCCCGUGAAGCUGAUGAAGCUGUCAAAUUGGUACACAUUCCUUCAUACACUGUGUUCUCAAACUUCCCAGUGUUCAGAAGAAAACAGAUUUAUCUUGCUCAGUCUAUGGACUUUUCUCCCAGAAGUGGGUAUUUCUCUAUAGCAAAUAACAAAGGCAAAGCUUUGUUAUUUAGACUUAAACAUUAUUCAGAUUUUUAAAAGAAGAUACAGGAGAAAAUGGAUCAGUAACUAAGGCGUUGCACCCUGCAGAUAGGAGAACGCUGACAAAAUCAAAUGAGUUUUUAUAUUUUAUAUGGAAGUUCAAAAAUACUAAUAUCUGUUUGUGAAUGUUAUUUCUUAAUAAAUGUACCUGAUUCCAGGCAAGUUGUUUCAACUUUUUCCAAUGUUUUGUGUAAGCAAAUGACAGAGUAGAUUUUAAUGGUUGGCAUUCAAGCUUAUUCCUUCAGGAAAUGCUUACAUAGCCGUAGGUUUUAUAAGCAUGUGAACUAUUCCAAUGCUGCAACGAAAACAUGGGUUUUCUGUGAACUGUAAGCUCUGCUCCGUGUGUUUAGCUUGAGCUUAUCCAUCAGCCAGGUUCAUUUGAGGACAGAUGGGAAGCAGCACUGUGCUCACUAGGGGAGCAAAGUAAUCUGAGACCCUGUUGAAGUGGGUGUUGCAGUUCAGCCCAGCUGGAGCUUGAAAGUAGCCUGAACCAAAAAGUGGGUAACAACACCCAUGGCUGUGCUUACUGCCUCCUGUAUGUCACACACGCAACUGUAUCUAAUGUGGCUUUAAUUCUGAGAAACGAAGACCCCAUUCUUGUCUUUCUGUGAAAGCAACGCAUCCAGACUAUGAAUACAUAUUUGAUUUUUAAAUCAGUUGGAAAUUCAAAUCCCAUUAAGGUCACCUAGCAAGGACUGCUUUAGAGCUGCUGUUGCUGGUUCUUCAGCCAGUGCCAAAUACCUUGUUCCCAAGGGGCCACCUCUUUCUUUUUAAGUAUAUGAAGAAAAAGUUGACUAGGAAUCUGCUACAAUAAAAACCUUGCUUUGAGAAUAACCUGACUAAUAUGUCUGCCCACUUCACACGAGGAAGAUGUUUUGGGCAGCAACAUCAAGAAGCAAGGUGCUCCAGUCAUUUAAAGCCUUCAGUGCAAGUGGCAUUACAAAAAAGGGACUGAGCAUGAGAAAAAAAGCUAAUUCUAGUGCCCUGUCAAACUUUUUAAAUAGACAGGCUAUUGUUAAAUUCUUGUCAUUUUUCUCUAAAAAAAAUAGUAUGGUUUCAUGAUGUAAUGCGUUUCUAAAAGGGCUUUGUAAAUGAAUUGUAAGAGGAGAACUGAUUUCACAGCUUUGGUAAAAGCAAGAUAUGCGCUGGAGGUGUUAAAUUGCCUAUAGUGCUUUACCUUAUUGCAGUGCUAAACCUAAACUAAAGACCCUGCUAAGGAAAGGUUAAAUGCUAUCAUAAGUGCACUUUAUUAAGAUGCUUGUUGUAGGACUCUUCUGUUACAAACAAAUUAGCUGAUAUUUGGCUGGCACUGAUUUGAAUUUCAGAGAUCUGGAUGCUGAAGCUGGUUCGUGACUUCACUAGAGGGCAGCACUUAAUCACACAUUUGGAAACGGCUGCUUUUGUGUUCCUGAACAAUUUGUCCUGUGCUUGUUGGGGAGGUUUUGGAUGUGGUUAUUGACACAAUUCACCCUUUUUUUUAAUAAUCUCUGUGUUUCACCGUUAGGGGGUUUAAGUAGUGUGACUUCAUCCUCAAAACUAUUAAAUAAUUUUAAAUCAAAGACUUCUGAAAAGGUAGCAUUUUAAAUAUAUUGAGUCUUUUACCAAAUCUCACUGAAGUGUUUUAACAUCAUCUAAUUUGCCUGUCCUGAGAUUAUGUCCUUCUUUGCAUAGUGACUGUUUUUCUACUUUACCUAUUAAAAUAAAAUUAAUCCCAAACCCAGUGAUUCAAAGCCAUACAGCAAGUACUUAGCAGAUCUAGAAUUGGAGCUUGAGAAUGAGUGGGUUCCUGGGCUUGUUUGGUUAGUGUAAACACAACCAUUUCUGAUAUUCUUCCUUGCCCAUCCUCCUGACUUUUGGAUGCAAGAGGUCCAGGUUGGAUGGAACAGGAAAGUGCAUGGAGAAGGUAUUAUAAGACAUCCCAAGGUGCUGUGUCACCACAAUUGCAAAUAGUGGAAGGAAGGAAGGAAGGAAGGAACAUGUAAACAUUUCUGUUUACAGAUCCGAUGGUGUCAGCUGCGAACAUUAUGCUCUAUUGCAAUACAAGAACGUUUAAGCUUUGUACUAAACAUCUUAAUUCUGCUGUUGCAUUUUUGCCUUCUGGAAGACAGCUUACUACCUCACUCUGUGUGAAAUAAGGAAGACUUUUGCCACGAGAAAAGGAAGCCUCAGGGUGCUUGCUGCGUUCCUCAGUGGGUUUUCAGCAAUGACACUUCAGUCUGCUAACAGGUCUUAAAGGCUGGAUGAUAGUUGAAACCAGUACUGGUGUGACCAGGGAUAUUUAUUUGGAAUGGGAUGAAUUCUAUUAUAUACACAUUUAAUGGUAUUCUCUCUGAAAAACUCAAGUCUCUGGGUUUGCCAUGUGUUAGAGUACUUGGGCUUCUGACCUAUUUAAAACCUCUUUGUAUUUAAUUCCUUUUUUCCCUAGCAUGGCUUUUUUCCCUAGCAUGGCUAAGCUGAAAUUCUUUUAAUGAAUUAUUUCUAUGCUUUUCCUCUCCUUCCAUUCUCCUUGGCAAAAUAAAUUUUAUUGAUGUAGCUCAUUAAAUAUUUAUCACUGCAGCCUUUCCCCUUCAGGCUGUGAUCUUGUCCGAUUUUGCAAGCUAAAGAGAAUGUGUCUGGUUAUUGCUUAGAAAGGAAAUCUCCAAGAAAAAGAAAGCCAACUAGAUCUUAGAGUCACUCUGGUUAUUUAGAAGAUUGAGUUUGCUAUGAAGUCUGUCUUGAAUCUCCUGCUCUACCCUGCUCUGGUUUGAGAGCUGUGUUUGCAGCGCAGGUGGUUUAGCAAAUUCUUAAAGGACUGAAUGAUUUUUUUUUUUUUCCCUGCUGUCUCUUUCAAUAUCCAGGAUUGCUGCCCUCAAAAUUAUUUAGGAAGUUAAUUGUCUUAAGUCUCCUCCAUGUGGAACUGUUCCCCAAAUGCUGGCUAAUCAGACAGCAGAUUAGUUUCUCCUCUCUGGACACAGUGCUGAACCCAUCUAGUGGAUGUGGCAGUCAUAGCAUGCCUGUAAAAGAAGCUGGUUUCUCACCUAAGGAUUUUUCUCCAAGUAUUUGAAGAAAUACAACAGUGAUCCUUUAAAUCCCUGUUGUUUGCUGUGAUUUGUCAGAUCUGUGGGGAGGCUACAGAGCUCUUCUGGAGGAUGUCUGAAAUAAGCCUGUACAGGAUGAAAUCCUCAGUUACUGCUGUCCGUGUCUCCAGGAGUCUGGCCAGUGUCCAAUCUGCUGCGCUGCCGCUUGCCCUCGUGCAGAGUUCUGCUGUAUUUAUGCUGCAUUUCCUUUUGGAUAACCAGCAGCAGCCACGUGCUGGGCACUUAAUGAAACGUUACUGUUGUCGUUUGGGUUUCUUCUGUUGAAACUGUGGAACAAUGGCUGUGUUUUCUGAGUGCUCAGAAGUUUUUUUGCCUGUGUUUGUGUCACAGUGAGAAGGCAAUACAGCCUGACUAUUUUGGGAUGUUUCCAUUGAGGCAGUUUGCACCUGUGUUUUUUCUUCCAAUAAUUAAAACUAUGCAAGUUACACAUUUUAUUAAAUUACUUUGAGACCCCUAAACCUGAAGGAAAUCAUGUAAGCUGCUCAGACGCUUUGAAAUGGCUGCAAUACGAUUUGGUUUUCAUAAUUGAUAUUGUAAAAUGUGCCUGAGAUCUCUGUCUUCGCAGUGUUCUGUUUCGCACGUAAGAUUGCCUGCCAUAUGAGGCUUCCAUCUUGUGCGUGCAAUAUCGAAUGCUUUAUUAUGCUUAAACAGAUGGGAGGAAGAGUUGAAGCAGAGGGGAGUUUGGAAAUGUGGUGCAGGAGCCCUUACUUAUAAUUGCUAUCCGUUGCUAUUCUGCCUUGUCAGGAGAUUAGGGCUCUGUAUUUAUCACGGGUUUAGUAUCUACUCAGUUGUGUUUUCAGCCAGUUUCUGCUGAGUUGAGACUGACUUAAGAAAUUAAACCUAGCAAGAUGUUUUUAACAAAUUGACGUGGGUAAGAACUGAGGAGGAGUUGAACUUUGCCUAGAGGAAAGCUGGGGAAGGGCUUUUGAUCAGGGAGGGCAGGGGUGGGAUGAGAGGAACGGUUUUCAGCUGAAAGAGGGGAGAUUGAGAUGAGAUCUUAGGCAGAAAUGUUUUGCUGUGUGGGUGGGGAGGCCCUGGCCCAGGUUGCCCAGAGCAGUGGUGGUGCCCCAUCCCUGGAGGGGUUCCAGGCCAGGUUGGAUGGGGCUCGGAGCCCCUGAUCCCGUGGGAGGUGUCUCUGCCCAUGGCAGUGGGGUUAUAACUGGAUAAUCUUUAAGGUCCUUUCCAACCCAAACCAUUCCAUGAUCCUAUGAUUGGUCACUAACACUUUGCAUUAAUUCCUUGUGUGUGAAUUCCGCAGGGUGUCGAAUUUGUACUGCUAAGAGUGAUUCUGAACACAAUAACUGUUCUACUGUGAGACAAUUGUUAGCGCUCUGCCCUCGCUGCAGAUUGCUUUAGUUCAAUAGCAGUAAGUGAGAGGGAAGAUCACUACACUGUGAGGUAAAGCAAUUGUAGUUUGGAAAUGAAUGGAAAGGUCUUUGAUAAUAGGGAAUUCAAGGUUACAUUUAAUUGAGGACACCCAAGAAGUGGCUGGGUAAGUAUAACAGGAAAAUGAUACGGGAUUCAUGAAUAAGAGACAAAUUUGUGUAAGUUAAUUUUGUAUGUAACAGCCAUUAUUGCUUAUAAAAAUAUGUCUACAUUAACACAAACUAGUCUUUCAUCUGCAUAAAUUUUUCCAGCAGUGUCAAGCCCCCAGGCUGCUUCUGGUAACUACAGAGGAAUUCAUGGGCUGUCAGCUCUCAAACCAAUUUGUGCUGGAGGAUUUCAGCCAUGUAUUAUGCCACAUACUGAGAUGAAGCUAUAGAAUAAAGUGAUGUGUACCAAUUAGGAUUAAUUACUGUAAAAGAUUGAGUAUUAUGGACAGAUACUUGGCCAAAAUUGAGCAAAUCUCCAGUUAAAGUUUUUUUUCCUGAAAAAAAAUAACAUUGCUUGACUGAACAAUGGUGAUUUUCUAUCCCUAAAUUUCCCUUGACCUAUUACAACUGCAUGUAAUGACUUAAUCUAACGUAAUUGUGGAACAGAAUAGGGGCUGUGCUGGGAUCUCCCGAGUGUGCAGGUUUCAGUGACAGACAAUCUGAGAUUGCUGUUUGCAGUGGAGUGGAAAACUUCGGUGUUGUGAUUCUUAUUCCUGGGUUUAGUGACGUGCAAUGUCAGCCCUGAUAGUGAAUGGGUUCCUCUAAAGGUACUGAGAAGUUCAGUAACACGGGUCAUAAUGGGAGCAAUCAGAAGUUUCAGAUUUCACAUAGUUAAUGUUCCUUAACAGCCCUGUGUGACUCCGUGUGGGUCUAAGCUGCUGGAGAUUUGGAAGCCUUUCUGAAAUCCAUGUCUCUAAACACCACCCUUCCCCACUGCAGGAUGGGGAUUAUGGAUCUUAUUUUCUCCUGGCUUUUGAAGAAACACUGCAGCUCCACACUCAUCUCUUAGGAGUGUAGUGAAGCUGAAUCCCUGUUUUUAAUGUUCCUCAAGGGGUUUGCAUAAAAGGCACAACAAGCACAGACCAGCGGAGGUGCAGGUUACUGCUGUUAGAAGAGGAAACCAGCAUUAAACUCAUCCUGUCGUCCUUAACCUAAUGGCAAUUUGUAGUUGCUGCAGGCACAAUGUCCUCCUCAUAGUCAUGAAGGCUCUGUGGAAAUCAGAUCAGUGUCUUUAAGCCCAGCAGGGCGAAGGUAUGGAGAAAUGUUCAUGUGUUCUUUGAUUGUAAUCAUCUGUGCCUGCAGCCCCUUCAGUGUGGACUUCCAGAAGGGCUUUAUUGAGGUGAGGAAUCAUGCAUAGUAAGUGAAAUUAAGCUUUUCUCAUGGGUGAGGGAAAGAGGUACAGAGGUGAAAUUAAUUAUGUGCUGAGUCAGAACUGGGAAUUUCAGCUUAGUUUCUUGAUUUCCUGUCACUUUUUUUUAUUUAAACACUAGAUUAACUUGUCUCGUUGAGCAAUUCGCUUUGUUCUGUCCUUGCAUGUACGCCUGUUAUUUCCUUUAUUACUGACUUACAGUUCUUGAAUGGUACUCAAGGUGUUUCAUUCAUUCUCCAAUUCUCCUCAGGUACUUAGAAGUGACUCUGCUUACGAAUAAGGUAUUUGGAUUUUUGCAAAGAAUACAAGUUUGGUGGGAACUGACACUUAUAUCAAUGUCAUGUUUCUAACUAAUCAGUCAGCUUUGGCAGGUUGCUGUGGAAAUUCUCUUCUUACAGAAGUUUGGAUUGCUGCAGAAAAAUUCCGUCUUGUACGAAAAUUCGGAGGUUCCCGUGUCUCUUUUGGAUGCCGGUGAAGAUGCAGUUCAGGAGAGGCCUGUGGGAAAAAUAAAUGCAAUAAAAUUGGCUAUGGGCAAGGCCAUGUAGAAAUAACUGCCUUUAACUUAAACUUACGGAACUAUCAUUCUCUGAGCAUCUCUGAUAAUGCCAGAACCGCUUUUCCUGUGAGAAUUUUGUCUAAGGUCCUAGACACUUUGUGACCAUCUGUC